AUGGAUCCGACUUUGAGGGACGCUUCUGAACAAGGAAACCUUGACGGCUUGUACUCGUCGAUUGCAAGGGACCCGAAAGUUUUGGACAAGAUCGAUGAGAUUCCGUUUGUUGACACCCCAUUACACGUGGCUGCAGCUGCUGGACAGACCCAGUUUGCGAUGGAGAUGAUGAUGUUAAAGCCAUCAUUUGCUAGGAAGCUUGACCCAAAUGGCUUCACCCCUUUGCUCCUUGCUAUGCAUACUAACCAAAUCCAAUUGGUGCUCAAGCGACUUAAAAAUCAUAAGGACCUUGUCUGCGCGCAAGGAAGGGGUGGUAUGAAUCCUUUACAUUAUGCAGCUCAAACAGGAAACCUCGAUCUAUUGGCUGAAAUUUUAAGAGUCUACCCCAAGUCGAUUGAAGUUGUGACAAGUCAAGGGUACAAAGGCGGUUACGUGAAAAACGACAUGUUAGAUGCUUUUCAGCUCCUGGUUGGAUGGCUUCGGCGAACCUGGUUUAAAAAUGCGGGAUACUGGGAGAGGUCGACGCUGACUUGGAGGGAUGUGGAUGGUAACACUGUGCUGCACAUUGCAGCAUCCAAAAAUCAACUCCAGAAUUCAGAGGGUUUUACUGCUCUGGACAUGGUGGACAACCAAGAGAUGAGGAAUAUGCUAUGCCGUGCCAGAGCAAAAAGUGCUUCAUCUCUUCCUACUAUUGUUUCUUGGGCAGAUUACUUCAGAUCUCCUGUCACAAUUAAUGAGAAGUUAUACAGAUGGUUCUUAUGUGGGAAAACGCUAUUGUCAAACGACAUGCGCAAUAUGCUGUUGGUGGUUGCUGUACUGCUUGUAACAAUCGCCUACCAAGCAGUACUGAGCCCCCCUGGAGGAUUUUGGGCAAGAUAA